CGAUAACUGGCUGUACUGAUGCUAUAUGUCGCCAUCUUUUAUUAGAAAUGGGCAGCUGUUUCUUGUGGACGCGAAUUAAAUUGUACAUUUAACAACAAUAACGACAACCGGCGUCCUUUUUAACUUAUUAUUUGUUGGUCAUUCAGUGCCGGAAUGCCUAGGAGGACAAAAAAGGACGAGGACCCCGAGGAUCUGCAGUCCUUCCUUAACAAUUUCCAUAAGGAAAUCGAAGGCAACAGCGAUGAGAAGGUGGUGAACACAAUUUUGGAGGCCAUUAGUGCCGAGGUCAACGACUUGGAAGAGAAUGAUGUGGAGGCGGGUGGAUCGAAACCGCUGGAGGAGGAUCCGGAGGUGCUGGAGCAGUUGGCAGAUUUGGAUGAAGCGGAGGAGGAAGACGACGAGGACAAGUACUUCAUUGAUGACGAGGGCAACUGCUACAUCAAGACUACGCCCAAGAAACAAAAGGAGCUCCAAAAGAAGCUCAAACAGGCUGGCAAGCCGGGGAAAGCCACACGUUCCGUUGUCAGUACAGCCACCAAUAAAUCAAUCAAUUUGCGCCCAGCCAAAUCGCCACCCAAGGCGGCUACUUCGAAACCUGUCCCAGAGCCCAAGGCAAUUAGCGUUCGUCCUGCCCGAGCAGCUGCAGCCAAGGCGAAGCAAUCUGCAAUGCCACCCCCGCCGACACCAGUGGUCAAAGUACCGGCACCCAGGGGCAGGCCAAGAAAGAAUCCUGUCAUACCGAAGCCUGAACCGAUCGAUUUGGAGCGCGAGCUCGAGGAGCUGGUUGAUGAGCCCGACAUCAGUUCAAUGGUGACCGAAUUGGCGGACUAUGCCGUAGACGAAGCUGCCAUAGACGCGGCCUCAGCUACCCUGGCGCCAAACGAGGCUGAGGUGUACGAGUUUGAGGACAAUGCGACAGAGGAUGAGAGUGCCGACAAGAAGGACGUAGACUUUGUGCUAAGCAACAAGGAGGUGAAGCUGAAGCCAGCUUCUACCAGCCAGAACUCGAAUGCUUCGGGACAUAAGUACUCAUGCCCACACUGUCCAUAUACGGCAAACAAGAAGUUUCUGAUCACGCGUCACUCCCGGAGUCAUGACGUCGAGCCAUCCUUCAAAUGCUCCAUCUGCGAGAGGUCCUUCCGAUCGAACGUGGGAUUGCAAAAUCACGUAAACACGCACAUGGGCAAGAAGCCGCACAAGUGUAAGCUCUGCGAAAGCGCCUUCACCACCAGCGGCGAGCUGGUCCGUCACACGCGCUACAAGCACACCAAGGAAAAACCGCACAAGUGCACGGAGUGCACCUACGCCAGCGUCGAACUGACCAAACUGCGCCGCCACAUGACCUGCCAUACGGGCGAGAGACCAUAUCAAUGUCCGCACUGCACCUACGCCUCGCAGGACAUGUUCAAGCUGAAGCGGCACAUGGUGAUCCACACGGGCGAGAAGAAGUACCAAUGCGACAUCUGCAAGUCACGAUUCACGCAGUCCAACUCCCUGAAGGCCCACAAGCUCAUCCACAGCGUGGUCGACAAGCCCGUCUUUCAGUGCAACUUCUGUCCGACGACUUGUGGGCGAAAGGCUGACCUGCGCAUUCACAUCAAGCACAUGCAUACCUCUGAUGUGCCGAUCACUUGCCGGCGCUGUGGCCAGCAGCUACCCGACCGCUAUCAAUACAAGCUGCACGUAAAGUCGCACGAGGGCGAGAAGUGCUACAGCUGCAAGCUCUGCAGCUACGCAUCGGUCACCCAGCGCCACCUGGCCUCACACAUGCUCAUCCACCUGGACGAAAAGCCGUUCCACUGCGAACAGUGCCCGCAGGCCUUCCGGCAGCGCCAGUUGCUGCGUCGCCAUAUGAAUCUCGUACACAACGAAGAGUAUCAGCCACCAGCGCCGCGCGCGAAACUGCACAAGUGCCCGAGCUGUCCGCGGGAGUUUACCCACAAGGGUAAUCUAAUGAGACACAUGGAGAUUCACGACGAUUCGGCAAAUGCUCGCGAAAAGCGCCAUCGCCUUAAGUUGGGCAGAAAUGUGCGACUCCAGAAGGAUGGCACUGUCAUUACGUUGAUCAAGGAUCAGUAUGUGGAUAUAGACCAGGAGGACAACGAAGAGGAAGACAACCCAGAGAGCUAUGACCUAGCUGAAAUCGAGCCUGAGAACUCGGAGGCUGAAGAGGCAGAAGAUGUUGAAACCAUAGUCGCUGAUCCGAUCCGGCAGAGAAUCAAGCCCGCACCUGUCAUUAUCAACAAACAGGCCAGACUUGCCGCCUCCGAAAAGCAGCCGAUGAUCAUCAAUCAACGCCUCCGAAGUCAACGGGGCACCAAGACGUUCCACAUCAAGGAGGAGCCGGAUAACUCGGACUUCACCGUGGAAUGGCAAGGGGAUGACGGCGAAGUUAUGGUCGUUGAGCUGGUUAAUGGCGACGAGGAGGUGUUGGUCAAGCACGAGCCGAGCGCCAACUCCAAGAUUAGUGCCAAAAACUGCUUUGGUUUCGAGGACGACGAUGAUUAUGAGGAGUACGGCGAUGCGGAAAACGAAGUUGAUGGCGCUUCCCAGGAGUUUCUGCAGCUGAUGGAUAUGAUUGAGCAGGAUUCUUAGUCUCCUGAAAACCAAGCUUAUAGAUAAGAAAUGAUGACUAAGUUAUGUACAUACCAAGCAUACGGUAACGUAAUUCUACGUUAAAUUGUUUACUAUUUAAAUACAAAGUUGAAAGAGAAAACUUAUUUUUGAAAGGUUAA